AUGGUGGAUGUUGUAGAGCCUCUUGCUUGGUAUAUCUCGGGAAGGCCUGGAUUUGAGCCACCCGGGACGCGACAAGGCAGCAUUGACUGUGCUGAUCAGGCUUUGCAGAGACGAGAUGCAUGGUGGAUAAUGACCAUGGGUCUCCAGAGUGCGGACCAACGAGCCAAGAUCACGGGAUGCCGGGACACUGAUCAUGACAAUACCGAAGGCUUCGUCAUGAGUGUCAUCGGCAAGGCAGCUCUGCAUGUGUGUCUGGCUAGGGAAGAAAAUCGGCAUAGCAAGCGGGAACGACGCAUUGCUCGAGUAGACGACUCAACCUUGUAUGGAGAGCAUGACCAGAUGUGA